CAGACCCCGGCGUGUACGAUGAGAUCAUGCAGCCCGUCCUCCACUCCGGCUUCAUCUACAAGUCAGGCUCCGCCCACAGAGGGACGCUGGGCAGGAAGACAAGAGAAGACUUCCAGAAGUUCUGGUGCUCCGUGGAUCGGUCUCUGCUGUUCUACGAGUCGGACCGAUCAGCUGAUCCCUGCAUGCAGAUCAGCGUCAAAGACAUCGUGUGUUUGGGCGUCAGCCGGCCCGACUCCUCCCACAACAACGGCUUCAUCGACAG